AUGGCAUCGCUGGCCGAAUACUGUUCCCUUUGGCCUACCGCUGGCGGUCAACAAUUCUAUACACAGGUCGUUGCACCUCCAAAGUACCGCAGGUUCCUGUCUUACGUCGUUGGUUGGUGCGUACUGGUGGGCGAGAUCUCAACGACUAGCAGCUGUGCACUGAACAGCGCAGACAUCGUGGCUGCACUGGUCGAGAUCAUACAUCCGGAGGUACAUUGGCAUGCCUGGAUGACCUGGUUGAUCUACACCGGAUUUCUCAUUGCGCCCACUAUCUCGAACUUCUUACCCAGUUACAUGCCGAAAUUGCAACUCUUCGGGGCGUUCUUCAAUAUCUCAAAUGCGCUCAUCUGGGUGAUUGUAUUCCUGGUCAUGGCCGAUAAGAACAGCUCCAAGUUUGUUUUCACCGAGUUUCUCAACACCUCAGGGUGGACCUCGAAAGGCUGGGUCUUCAUCCUCAGCAUGUACGUCCCGAUUUAUGGCCUCUAUGGGACUGAUGGGGUGAUGCACUUGGUCGAAGAAAUGAAGGACGCUUCUCGUGACGCUCCCCGAGUCAUGAUGUGGUCCAUGCUGUGGGCCGGCGUCACUGCCUGGCUUUCAAUGAUCGUCAUGUGUUACACUGUUGGGCCCAACUGGGAAGACUAUUUGGAAGCCACCUCCUCCUACGUGGCGUGGUUCAUGGAUGUUGUGGACUCGACCUACGGGGGUGGCAUCUGGUGUGCCAUCAUGAUGAUGGGUUUGAACUAUCUGAUCAUCGUCAACAUCAAUGCUUCUGGUUCUCGACUUACAUGGUCGAUGGCCCGCGACCGAGCGUUUCCGUUCUCCGACUAUUUUGCCCAAGUCAACGAGCGUUUCAUGAUGCCGUUGCGGGCCCUAGUCGCCUUUCUAGUGGCCAACUUGCUCAUUGGCCUUAUCGUGCUAGGGAGCGAUCUGGCCUUCUAUGCCAUCAUCUCUGGUGGCGGCGUCACCUUGCAAGUCUCUUACUGCGUGCCAAUAUUGUGUGUGGUAUGGAAAGGCCGACAGCACCUACCUCCCCGCCCGCACUUUGAUCUCGGUCGCUGGGGAUAUGCUAUCAACAUUGCCUCUUUACUCUGGAGCAUCAUUGUCGUCUUGUUUUACGUCUUUCCACAAUAUGUGCCUGUCGCUGGAGCAAUCGAAAACAUGAAUUGGGCGGUAGCCAUCCUUGGCGGAGUGGUGCUCCUCGGAGGCGCUUACUGGAUCGUCAAGGGAAGGCAUGAGUACUUGGUUCUCAGGAACACUAUUCUCGAUGAGACAGUUGUUGUCCAUGGGGAUGCCGUACUCACUGGCAGGGAGGCAGCAGCUACUUUUGGGCACUCCAGAACAGAGAAACAGAUAGGACCUUGA